AUGUCUUCGGGCCGGCGGCUUCCACGAGGGUGGCGCUCCAUGAUUAGCCGCACCACAGGUGGGGUCUUUUAUUUCAACCGAUACACGCAGACCAUGCAGUGGCACCGGCCUGGUGAGAGACCAACCAACGGGCAUACGUCUCACUCGGCUCAGCGAGAGAGGUCUCGAUCGCGCUCGCCGCAGCAGAGGCUUGCCUGCAGCCAUAUCCUUAUCAAGCAUAAGGACUGUCGCAAUCCAAUUGAUAGCAACGACAAGCCGGUCACCCGGACCAAGGAGGAAGCCAAGUUACUUGCUGCUGAAAUCCACGAGCGGAUUACAAGGGAUCUCAUCACUUUUGCUGACGCUGCUGUGGGCUUCUCCGAAUGUGCGUCUGCUCGUAACCAAGGCGACAUUCAACCGAGUCUACAAAGGGGCCGUAUGCAGCAAUCGUUUGAAGAGGCGGCCCUCGCUUUGGAAGUUGGGCAAGUGAGCGGCAUAGUGGAGUCCAGCUCUGGAUUCCAUAUCAUCAUGCGCCGCGAAUAG